CGCCUCACUCCGCCGCGCCGAGACAGCGAGCGGGCGGACGGGCGGCAGCUCUCGCUGGGCGCCGGAGCCCACCGGAGGCGGCGGGCGCGGGCCGGGGCCGCGGCGGCGGCGGGGCCCGGGGGCGGCGGCGGGAUCGCGGCGAGUUGGCGGCGGCCCGAGCUCGCCGGAAAGUUGGUGCCGGUUGAGCCGGCGGCGCCCGCUCGCCAUGCAGAGACCCGGCGGCCAGGGGACCGCCUUCUCCAUCGAUUCGCUCAUCGGGACGCCGCCGCCGCGCUCCGGGCACCUGCUCUACACCGGGUACCCCAUGUUCAUGCCGUACCGGCCGCUGGUGCUGCCGCAGGCGCUGUCCCACGCCCCGCUGCAGUCGGGGCUGCCGCCGCUGGCCCCGCUCGCCUCCUUCGCCGGCCGCCUCACCAACACCUUCUGCGCCAGCCUGGGCCAGGCCGUGCCCUCCAUGGUGGCGCUCACCACCGCCCUGCCCAGCUUCUCCGAGCCCCCCGACGGCUUCUACCCGCCCCAGGAGCUGCCCCCGCCGCGCGCCACCCCCGACGCCGGCUGCCGGCGAGGCGCCGAGGGCCUGGAGGCGGAGGAGCUGCCCCCGGGCCGCGACAAGGGGCCGCCCGAGCCGCCGCUGCACUUUCCGGACCCCUUCCCCGGCCUGGCAGACGGAAAGGCGUACAGCUCGGACGAGGAGAAGCUGGAGGUGAAGUCGGCGGCGACGCCGUGCAGCGAGCGGGAGGAGGAGAGCUCGGCGGGAGAGAGCGAGGAGGAGCCCUUCCUGGACGGGGCGGCCGCCAGUACCGCACUGGGCGCUAAGGGCAAGGGCAAAGGCGGCCCCGCCGCCGAGCAGCCCCCGCCGGGCUCCGGGGCCGGGAAGAGCCGCCGGCGCCGCACGGCCUUCACCAGCGAGCAGCUGCUGGAGCUGGAGAAGGAGUUCCAUUGCAAGAAGUACCUGAGCCUGACGGAACGCUCGCAGAUCGCGCACGCCCUGAAGCUGAGCGAGGUGCAGGUGAAGAUCUGGUUCCAAAACCGCCGCGCCAAGUGGAAACGCAUCAAGGCCGGCAACGUCAGCAACCGCUCGGGAGAGCCCGUCCGCAACCCCAAGAUCGUGGUGCCCAUCCCGGUGCACGUCAACCGCUUCGCCGUGCGCAGCCAGCACCAGCAGAUCGAGCAGGGCGCCCGGCCUUGAGCCCGGCGGGGCUCCCGGACCCCGGGGCGGGCGCCGGGGGGCCUGGGCGCCCGCUCCCACUCCUCUGUACAUGUCCCUUAUUUAUUCCGUGUAAACUCUGUACAUACGGCAGCGUGUCCGUCUGUCCGUGCCGUGGGGAGUGCGGUUGCCCUGCCGCCGGGCCCCCCGCCCGCCGCGCCGGGCUGAGCCAGGCCGGGCUGGGCCGAGCCGGGCCGGGGCCGCGCUGCCUUGGGCGCCCGCCCAUGUAUAGCUGUGAUUUCAAUAAAUUAUUUUCUAUGGA